AUGAACACCAGCAGCAACCGUACCCGAUCUACUGAAGGGUUUUAUCGAUCACAAGCUGCCAGUAGCGCCAGUGCCAGUGGAAGCACCGAUGGCUCGUUGACUGCCUCGACGUCGCUGGCAGCUCCAGUGAUGCCCCAAUCGAUGGAUCGCCACACAGUCUCCGCCAUGACAGAAAUGACAAUAUCUGCUGACGCGCCGGGAACCUUCACAGCAGGAGGCACCGCUAGAAGUAACAACACACCCGUCGCCAGAACUGGAACUGCAUCUGGUAUUACCCGUCCUGGGGCGCUCAGACCUCCAAAUGAACUAGGCAGAAUUGAAUCAAAAGAGGACGUUUCGGAAGGAAAAAAUGAAAAUGAAACAAACAAAACAAAGGCUCCGGGAGUUCACCCUAGAAGUGCUGCUGUCAAGAAACGCACUUUGGCCGCCAUUCGCAGCAGCAUGACACAUGCAGCUGCUGCCGUGUCUGCCGAAGCACUUGCAGCUGCAAAACAGAAAACCCAAGCCGACGAUCCUUCCAUGCUCUGUUCACUUACGUACAGAGGAAUGGAAGUCAUAUUUGCUUCUACUCAUUCCCCCCUGUGGAAAAUAUAUGGCAUGUGUGCAAGGACUAGGUUGGUCUUUCAAACUUUGGAUUUGCCGCCAACUUUGGACGAUACUAAGAUUGUCACUGUCAUGGCCAAUCAAACUUCGGGAUUGAUUGCUGUUGCCCUGUCAGAUGGAACCAUUCAGACUUACGUGCCUGUACCCACCGAUCCAGAGAUUCACGCUUUCGGAAGAUUCAGGUGGAUAAACGGCGUCACUAUUCGUUGUAGCAAAGUCUUCUACCAGCCAGGCGAAAACGUUGUCAUUCGGAGUCAACGCGACGUCCGAAGACCGGGACAAAAUUUGCUACUCGCGUCCUCGCAGGACCAAAAAUUACUUGUAACCCAUCGAAACCAAUUGGCAGUCUUUGACGUUGAUGUGAAUACGGAAAAAUCAAAGACUGAUCAGGGAGAAAUGGACCAAACGACGCCACAAGCUCCUACUUCCACACCGACUCAAGAAGCAAACACAACUCCACCCGUGGCACAACUUUUGUGGACAACAACAACAAUCAGACCAAUUGUAACUGCAGCAAUCUCGGGCGAUGGUCAAGCUUUGGCCGUUGUGCUAGACUCUGGGACUGCAGGUCUUUAUGGAAGGAUAUGUGGUGUUCAGACCUUUCUGAGAGACAGGGAAGACGGAAGUUUGGUGCAGGAAACAGUCCAAACUCAAGGGCACCACCACCAACAACCCAAAACAAAACUGCAACGAACAGCCUCUGUCGGAAUACUCUUCAAGCAGGGACCCUUUCUGGAGCACUCCGAAUCGGUCACCAGGAUCUCAUUCCGUGGUUUGGGACACAAUACUGCCAGCGCCAUGACCGAACCCGACGAAGAGCAGGGAAACGACCUAUUGCUGACAUACUCCAUGCAUGACUGCGUUGCUAGAAUCUACAAUCAACAAACUUGGAAUCGACUUGUGGAAUGGACUACGCCGCCAAAUACUCGAGUAGAUUGGGUUCGAGGAGCUGCUGCCUUCAGUUUAGGUGACCUGGAAACCCAAAAAAGAUUGGCGCCAAACAAACCCGAAUCCAAACCUCCCAGUCGGAGUCCUAGCUCAGCAACUCUUUCAGACGAUGCCAACGCCGUUGCAGCUGGAAGUCUGCUGCAAAGUGGUCGUCAGCUGCUACACAAUUCUUCGCCCUCGUCUGCAGCUGGAGCAUGGAUUGCUGAGACAACUUUUUCCGGAGUGCUUCCAGCAUUGAGGCUUUCACGGUUGAGCUUCUUGAAACGUGGCAGUGAAACCAUGCAUCCUGCAUUGUUUGAGAGUGUUGCUUCCAUGCUGCCUUCUGGAUCCAUGGUUGCGGAAAAUAUCCUGAAUUCAGGCGACGAUUGCUUGUCUAUUCACGGUAUAUGGCCGGCAUGGAACCCUUGGUUAUCCGAAACGUCAGACGUACACUCGGAAGAAACCUUGAGCGGGUCAGCCAUGGCCUUUUUGGGAUUGUCGUCUGGCCCAUCGGCGACCUCCGGUGGUCCGUUUGGUGAAGGUAUUUUGGGCGGCACCCAUAGUCCUCCGAACGAACUGCGGAUAGUGGCGUCGCACGCUUUGUGUGGGAAUGUGGUUGUUAUGGAAUUCCCUUUGUGGGGGAAUCGUGACUUGGGGGAGCUGGAGCUUGGAAGUGCCGUUCGUUAUGUUUUGUCACUUCCUGAUAUUGAGCAAGGAGCUACUGAUAGUUUCGGCAAGAUUACUGGCAUACCAGAACAAUCAUCGCAGGCAAUAUUUGCUUCCACUGACUACGAAUCUAACCGUUUGGUGGCAAAAGUGAGGUCUGAUUCAACGUCCAUCUCAUUAUCUUGGAUGAAACAAGGCACAUUCUCCAUCUGUCCAUCUUCUUGGGAACCGCAUGAUUACGAAAAGGCACUGGAUGAACCGGCUUUGGAAAGUGUGGGAAUUGCGGAGUACUUUCGUGAUUGCAGUCUGGUUCCAGCCCCUCUUUCUUUGCCUCCUGUGUUCUUGCCGUCCAGCACUAUGGGGAAAGACACAGUAAAAGCAGUGAUGUGGUGGCCAGAUGAGAACUUUGGUGGUCCACCCAUGUUGGUCGUUGUUACUUCGUCAGGAGUUUUAAUGGUUUUUGAAGUUCCUCCACCUUGGAGCGCACAAGAACCACCCAUGCCCACUGCUGAUCCUUUCUUGGAUUUCUCAGGGAGUGUCAACGGAGUCGAGUCUCAUGGUUCCCUUCCCGAGCUAUCUGCUGCUGGCACUGCAACGGGGGCAGACAAUGAUAGCGAUGACGAAGGAAAGUCUGGGCAGCCGAAAGAAUACGACGUGAUGAUAACCCCCCACCCUGACUUCGGAUUAGGUUUGAGGUUAGAGUCUCAAAUGGAUGGCAUGCCUGCAAUUGCCGGCUCUUACAAAAAACACCCUUUGACAGGCGGUCGCCUACCCGCAGAAAAAUUGGGCAUGAUAGUCCUCGGCGACGAGCUCUUGAGCGUCAACGGUGUUCGACUGGAAGGCAUCUCCUUUGAUGAAAUCAUUUCCACUGUACGACAGGUGGGUGCGAACGCAGGAGCCGGCAAUCCACUUUCCAUGAGGUUUAGGCGGGUCAACGGCCGAAGAAGGAAAGCAAGCCUUGAUAAUCCUGAUCCUUUCUCGAUGGAAGUACAAGAGUCUGAUGGAUCCCGUCGGUCAAUGGAGCAAAUACUAGGGGUGGGUGGAGGGCCACAACGGAGGAUUCGGGUAGACAGCGCAGCCAGUUCGGUGACUAGCGGCACUCGCCAAUCAUCUCCACAUCAACGAAUAGAAUCAAGAGGCAGUCUUGGAAGCCUCUUGAGCCGCACAAACAGUGACGGCGGCAGUAAUGCAACCGUCCUUGUGGGUGCAGAAGGGGAACUGCAACAAGAGUUUUGUCGGCUUGUGGCCGUUGGGAGGAAGUUUCUCUCAUCAACCUCAAGUAGCGAGACAGCUCAAUCCUGCUUUGUUCUGCUGCCUUGGUUAACUGGGAAUGGGUCUCCGAAUGUAGAUGUUCGCGGCGUAGCCUUGCUGUUCUUCUCGGAGGGUUGUAGGAUACACGCCCGUCGGUUGGAAGUUGCUGCUGAUUGCAAUCCUGACAAAGCAAAAGUCAGUAAUUUGGGAAUGUUUGACUUGUCUUCAAACGUUUCGAGAAUCGACGGUAACCGAAAACCUAUGGUUCAAAGCAUGUCAAUGAUUGUGACUGGGACUGAAAGCCAAUCGCUUGCGGUAUGUGACGAUCUUGGCAGCGUGAGCCUUAUUUUCGCGUCAUUGGGCGAGGAGGACAACGCUGUAACUUUUCGACACUAUGGCAUCUUCCGAUUUGGCAGCAUCCCGUUCGAUACAUGUACUGUGCGUGCGUCGUCGAUCGACCUAAUGGCGACAAUGCGAUGGAAGACUGGCGAGCUACCUACAGUGACAGUCUGGUCGGCAAGGCCUCAUCCGUCAGGGGGCAGACAUGACGAGUCGGCGGAAAUGAACGAUUACGUUGGAGUUGAUUUGGCUCUUGGUGCUCACGUCGAUGUCGUGGAAUUGUGCUUCAUACAAUCUGGUUUUCUGGACUCGUUUCCGCUUCUGGCAACAUUUACUCGCACAGAGAUGGUAGUAUUCCAACGACUACCGGGGUUGCUGCACUGGAAUCCAAUCCGAGUGAUAUCAUACACGAGUAUUCCCGGCUCUGGAGUUUCGACAUUGUCGACACAUUCUCACGGAAUUGUGAACCCUUUGGACACUUUCCCUCACUUGGUCUCUGCUAUGCGAUCCAUUGUCCACAACUGCGAUGAAACCCAGUAUCUUCGUCCUGACUGGCAUCCUGAUUCCUUGUUGGCCAGGCUAUUUACGGACGUCCAAGGGCCCAAUCAUUCAUUGUAUAAAAGGGUCGCAAGCUACUUUGUCUGGUUGUCAACUUGCGUUGCAUCAAGCGGUGAUUCAUUGAAGGCCUUGCAUUCGGAACAGGCGAUACUUUCGUCAUUGUCUUCUGUGCACUUGAAAGAGCCUUGUGACGAUGGCCAUGGAUUUAAGCUGCAAGCCAAACCCAAGCAGUCCAGCUCCGAUAUGUUUUCGAGGGUCUCCCAAGAAGAACCAAACGAAGACGAGAUGAGGUUGCGAAAACUGCAGUCUGUAUUAGAGAAUGGAUUCUCCCAGAAUGAUUACAAGCAAAAGGAUCCCUCCAGGGUAGCAGAUGCACGGCCAGCUUCUUUGCCGUCUGCACUGAACUCGUUUACUCCUGAUGAGCUUCGAAUUCUCUGGGUGAUUGGCGAAGUUGUUCUAGCACGACCUAAUUUCAACUCGGUAGAUACGAUGGGGGAAUUCUUCAUUUUGGCGUCAGAGCUGCUUGCGAGAUUGAAACUGAUACCACGUGAUGAUCAGGAGAAAGAGCGUACGUUCGACGAGUUCAUUCAGCCGUUUUCGACCAAGAAGAAAGCGAGCAAACCUAUGGAUGGCCCCGCAAUAAAGGAGCACUUACCGUCAGCAGCCACACUCUGUGCAUUGAUGAGCAAUUCACAAAAUGAACUCAUCGAGUCUGUCCGUGUCCCUGGUGCCACCGUUGAUUGGAACUUUCUUAGAGAAUACAAUAUCCCAUUUUGGAUCCGAUCGGAUGCUGCUCUUGCGAAGUUAUCUGAAGAAGUGGGCCAAAGCAGCUUCAAAGCCAAACGAGAGAUAUUGGAAUGUGCACUUUUCUUCAUUAUUGCUCGAAAAAUGCGGACGCUACGCAAUCUUGCGGCGACAGACCAAUCUGCCGGAGGGCGAAAAUUUUUGAGUUUCAUUACAGACCAUGAUUUUUCGAGCGAACGUGGAAGACGAGCUGCCGAGAAGAACGCGUUUAGCUUAUUGAGAAAGCGAAAGUACACAACUGCAGCCGCCUUCUUUCUGCUCGCCGAACCACCUUUCUUGAAGUCAUCGCUGGAGGUAAUAGCAACGCAGCUUCAGGAUAUCAAUUUGGCCUUCAUGGUCGCAAGAUUGAUGGAGUCAUCAGAGGUAUCUGCAACUAGCCAAACCAACGGUGUGAAUGGUGGAAUGGGAAGCUUUAUGGGAUUGGGAGGUGGCGGUGGAUAUGCCUCUUUUGCUCCAGCAGCGCUCAACCCAGUAGCAAUUGCUGAACAGCCCUUUAGCAAUUGGAAGCCAGCACUGAAAAGCGGCGCAAGGAACUUGCUGCUGGACCGUGGCCUUACUCUAAGCAAGGACGACAAUUGCCUAACCGCGGUGCAACUGAUGUGGCUUCAUCAACGCGAGGAAGCAUCUUUUUGGCUCGCAGGAUUGGCACGAGACAAGAAUGGCAAGUCAAUCCUUCCGGAUGUUGGAGAUGUGCUGCCUCCAAUCGCUUUAGAUCGCGCGCGGGACAACAAAAGGACAACGGCGUCUGCCACCACAGGCACCUUGCAGCCUAGUGUCCGAAUUUGCUCGAGAGUCAAUGAGUUGAUCAACUUUCUUUCGGGGCCUACUCUUUUGAAGGCAAUGAAUGCGAACAAGCGAACCAUGUUCGCUUCGUCGUUGGUUGUGUCACGCAUUCUAAUGAGAUGCGGAGUUGACGUUCCGUGCGUUCGACUAUUGCUGCACGAAUGCGAUUCAAGGGACACAAGAGAAACUCCAACCGCUGACAGCGAAAAUCAAAAAGCCGCAGCGAGGAACAAGAAUGGAGGAAUGACAUCGUCCAUGUUGGACUCCUACGAUCAUCGCCACACCACCAAAACUGCUGUAAACCAAAUGCAAUCCUCAAUCUUUGAUUCCUUUGAUGCCCCACCACCCAAACCAAAGCCAAAUCCCCCAUCCGCAGCUGCUGAAAUGCAAUCCUCAAUCUUUGAUUCAUUUGAUGCCCCACCACCAAAGCCAAAACCCGCAUCCACAGCUGCUGAAAUGCAAUCCUCAAUCUUUGAUUCCUUUGAUGCCCCACCACCCAAACCAAAGCCAAAACCUGCAUCCACAGCUGCUGAAAUGCAAUCCUCAAUCUUUGAUUCAUUCGAUGCCCCACCACCCAAACCGAAGCCAAAUCCCCCAUCUGCAGCUGCUGAAAUGCAAUCCUCAAUCUUUGAUUCAUUCGAUGCCCCACCACCAAAGCCAAAACCCGCAUCCACAGCUGGUGAAAUGCAAUCCUCAAUCUUUGAUUCAUUCGAUGCCCCACCACCAAAGCCAAAACCCGCAUCCACGGCUGGUGAAAUGCAAUCCUCAAUCUUUGAUUCCUUUGAUGCUCCUGGAACUAAAACAAGCACAGCUGCUUCAUCCAUCCCCACUGUGAAUCCGCAACAGGCAAGUGGCGAGAAUAAAAAUCAUUCAAAGCCAACACAAGAAGAAGAGCGGAAGUUGGAUACCAUCGAACCUUUAGAGACACCCGAAAUUUGGUGCGAAUGGCGAGAACAAGUGCUCCUGUAUUCGGCUGCAAGGCGCCUUCUUCGGGAGCUUGCGUGUUUGAUGGUAGAACUCCAUGGAGACUCAUUUGAUCCUCCAUUGGCUCCAUUUUCAAGAGCUGGCGAAUCGCUGCUUCCUCCUGGAGCUGCUGAAGUUUUACAACUACCUUGUGAAGGCGAACUGAUUCUUGGUCGCAUUCGUGACCUUUCGGAGAAAAUUUGUCACGAUCACGGCAUGCACAAACAGGCCGUCGUUGAUUUGGCCCUAAGCUUCUUGGCAGCGCCGCAUCACCAUAAUCGAAUGUUCUAUGCCGUUCUCCUACACCUGUCUUGUCAGCGUGGAGAUCUGGCUGAGGACCUGUUGAGAGAUGCGGCGCACCUCACAGUGAAUCGAUGUGAUGCGCUUGCUCUUUCGAACGACCCCCCGUUGAAAUCUGGGAAGACGGCCUCUCACAUGGCUGGCCUGUACUUGCGAGAACAGGCGUCGCGUCUCAGCUGGCAGAUAGAGCUGUGCCUGUGGCUGCAUCGAGGUGGGGCGCUGCCACUCUCCGGUGUUGCCAUCAACGAAGCGAUAGUUGCCGUUCGUGUUGGUUUUGCAAUUUCCAGUUGGAAUCGAAACUACGAGUGCCUCGAAACAAUGAUAAAGAGCGACCCAGACUGCCAUAUGGAUAACGAAGCUGGACGGCAACAUUGGACAAGCCUGAAGAUUAUCAGCCAUGAAGAAGGCAAGGGUAGGUCUACGGGCAAAGCGAGCAGUGGUGGAUGGGAAUUCUUGGUUGAUUGUAGAAGAUCAGAAGCGACUGAUUUGCUACGACACAAGUCGACGGGUUGCUUCAUAAUCCGGCCUCAUGUGGAAGAUCAUGGCGUGUUCACCUUGAGCUUCAAAACAAAUCUCGUUCCUACCAAAGACGCGCCAGCUCCGCCUUCUGCAGAUCCAGAUGGGCUAGGUCAACAAGACGGGGACAAACCUCCACGACCCAAGCCUGCGAGAACCGUGAAAAAGGAUGAUGUAGUGCAGCAUGCAAUCAUCCGUUUGUCCGACUCGGGGUUUCGCUGCGGCUCCUUCGGUCCAUUUGGAACACUGAUGAAGCUUUUGGAAGCAGUUUCUGCCUCUCUUCCUUUUGAUCUCCGCUUCGACCAGCCCCCCGCUGAACGAGUAAUUAAAGAUGAAGGGUCGCAGCCUUCCCCAAAUGCGGUCUUUCUCCGCAAGCUAGUUCUGAGAAGUGCGGACAGCUUGGUGAAAAAUCCGCCUGACACCAACGGGGCAUCAGCCACUGACACCACAUUAUUUGGAAAGCAAAGAAAUACUGCAAGCCCAACCGAGUCAAAUGGGGCGGACUCCAGCAAUGUAAAAUGCAACCAGUUGGCCCACGAUGAAAAGGUUAUGGAUUUCCGUCAAUCCGUGUUCGGCUUGUUUUUGGAAUUGUUGGUACUUUCUUCGAUUCGCAAACCUUUGAGUGCCAUCGCGUCAUCCAAGUACGAAGACCAAGUCUGUGACCCCCAAAGGACUGAUACGUCUUCGCUUAACCAGGAAGAUGCGAUGACUGUUGGCGCUGGCGCCGUUAACGAAGAUUAUGCGGCUUCGGCGAGGAUGCUCCGCCCGUAUCUUUCCUGGUGCCGAUCCUUGGAGCUGGCGUCCGAGUGCGAGCUUGCCCCGUUCUUGGGCGAAGUGUUAGACCCCGUUUCAUCUCCACAAAUCACUCUUUCAGCUUCAGAAACUGCCAUUGAAUUGAUUGAGGAGGAAGUUGGACUAGGAGACUCGGUAAUAAGAAGAAUGAUCCAACCGAAUUCCGGAGUUGACUUUCGAACGCUGCGACUCGCUGAUGGCGGCGACAGCACUGUGGUGGUUCUUUUUAGCAAAAGUGAGGCAAUUGAAUGGUUGAUGAGCCACGGCUCAGAAAAGACCAAAGAGGCAGCCCUAGAGAAGUUGGAUGCCAUGGAAAUGAUUCGUGUCGUCGAACCGAUUGACCUAUCAAGGUUACAGCUCAAGGCAUACUCGGCGCAAAAGGGGGCCAAGCCUGAGGAGGACACGGGCGUGCGUUACAGAAUUGUGGACCCAUGGGAAGUAGAAGCCCUUGACAACCGAGAGGGUGAAACUAAAAGUGCGUCAAUUGGUCGCGAGAGGUUUCUCGCUUUCAGCCUGGGUAAGGUGGCUACGGCUUGCGAGGCAGUGUUCCGCCAGAUUGGAGGCCUUCCUGCUCUGGAACUGUGGACUGCAGCGAAGGGUGGAGUAUCUUUGACCAAGGCCAUUGCUUCGGUUCACCCACCAUGGGAGCGUGGGGAGGGAGGAGACAUGCCUUACCUCGACGGUGCAGCGACCGAACCGGCCCCUUUUUUCAACAGUAUUCGACAGCAUCUCUACAGAAACUCGUUGUUCCGCAGUAUCCGUCUGCCUCAACGAUUCCUUGCUUUGGUUCAAGUAGAGUUGCUGGAUCUGAAGAAUCUGACUGCACCUGGAGGAUCUUUGUCGCUGACCGUCUACGCUCUGCUUCGUCUUCGGCGUUCUGAUUCCGGUGCACCGUUAACAAGCAAGACACGUACGCUGGACAGUGCCGCCACUCUUCCCAUAAAACUUGCCAAGUCGUCUGGUCCGAAUGCCCCUGCAUCUUGGGGAAGUGUAGUCCGUUUCCGUUUCCCACUACCGGAGGACGUUACUUCCGACGGAGUCAGCUUGGACCGCAAUCGAGAGAUACUGUUCAAGGGUCCACCAUGUGUCUUGCAACUGUCUGUAUACGAGCGCAAGCUCUUGAUUGACAAUCCCCUGGGUGAUGCCGAUGUUAAGAUUGAUGGCCUUGCCGCAGGAGGGCAAUUGGAGGAAUGGGUCCCGUUGAGAACGGGAAAGCAUGGGAUCAACUGGUUUGCUCGGAUACGUUUGACCCUCCGAUUUGAGCUGAUGUGCCUAGCUUCUGAUGAUACCGAUGAUCUUGUUGCUCCCAGCGUGGGGUUGCGGCGAAUCCAACAUCUGAGCCGCAUGGGUGGCGCUCAAGAAGACAUGAAAAAGAGCAUGAGUACGCCGGACCUCCUUAGCUACUUCGAAAGUAUGGUGUACUAG